CACUUAUCUUUGGACACCAGAUAAGUUGUAGAGGAGGUGCUGAAGGAGACUACUGUUUAACGGUCUUUGUGCUGUAUGAGCUCAGCCCUGUACAGUACAACCCGGCCUUCUACCAGAACCUAGCUAGACAUCCUUCAGGACAGUGCUCAGAGAUCUUAAAGACCUACUAUGGAUCAAGGACCUUACAAGACCAUCAGGGAUGUCAGUGGUAAAGUUAGCCGAGUCAUUCGGAUUGGAACCCGCAAAAGCCAGCUUGCCCGUAUCCAGACAGACAGCAUUGCAGCAAAAUUGAAGGAGCUGUAUCCCGAAGUGACUUUAGAAAUAAUUGGCAUGACCACGACAGGAGACAAAAUCCUUGACACCGCUUUAUCUAAGAUCGGGGAGAAGAGUCUGUUCACCAAAGAGUUGGAGACUGCCUUGGAGAAGAACGAAGUGGACCUGGUCGUUCACUCACUGAAGGACCUCCCCACCAGUCUGCCUCCAGGGUUCACCAUUGGGGCUAUACUUAAACGAGAGAACCCCCAUGAUGCAGUGGUCCUUCACCCCCAGAACGCUGGCCAGACCCUCGCCACGCUACCCCAAAACAGCGUGAUCGGCACCAGUUCUCUCCGGCGGGCGGCUCAGCUGAAGAAGAGAUUCCCCCACCUAGACUUCAAAGAUAUCCGAGGGAACCUGAACACUCGGCUCAAGAAGCUGGACGACAAGGAGGAUUACUCGGCCAUCAUCUUGGCCGCCGCGGGCCUGAAGCGGAUGGGCUGGGAUGCUCGCAUCAGCCAGAUCCUGGAACCAGAGGACUGUAUGUAUGCUGUUGGACAGGGCGCGCUAGCUGUGGAGGUCCGAGCGAGGGACACGGAGAUCCUGGAAAUGGUGUCUGUACUCCACCACAAGGACACCGUGUUACGCUGCAUCGCUGAGAGGGCCUUCCUCAGGACACUGGAGGGCGGGUGCAGUGUUCCGGUGGCUGUGCACUCUGAGCUGAAGGACUCCCAGCUCUACCUGACCGGGGCGGUGUACAGCCUGGACGGCUCCGACAGCCUGAAGGAGACCAUGCAGGCCACCCUCUCUGCUGUGAAUACGGGUGCGGAGCGGGUGGAGGAGCGGGUGGACGAGCAGGUGCAGCGCGUGGGGGUCACGGCGGCCAAGAUCUGGGGCCCGGACCAGGACAGCGCCGAGCGGCUGGGCAGCGGGCUGGCCGAGCUGCUGAUCAGCAGAGGGGCCCGGGAGAUCCUGGCCGUGGCCCGGCAGCUGAACGACGCCAGAUAGACCCGCGUCCUCCGCAGCAGCAUUCAGUGACUCCUUCAUGCUGCCUCUUUUCCCCUGUGCCUUAAGUGCCAGUUAGACGUGGUCUUUGUAAAUGUCAAUGUAGAGGCCAGAUGUGGCCGUCCAAUAGUACUAUAAAUAUAUACUAUAACCUUUAUUUAUAGUUAUAGUACUAUAUACUAUAACCCGCCCCCUGAUCUCAGGGACCGAGCCCUGGGGGUGUAGCUGGAGGACCAAGCUAGCCAUCACCCCCCUGCCACUCUGACACAGAGUGCUCUAGAGUUUAGAUGACAUCUUAAUAGGUAUUCAACUUAAUUUCAUGCCCAAGUAAAGACAUAUUUGUGUGGAAGAUGCCUUUCUUUAUGUGAAGAAGUAAGAGAACGAGUCUUUCGAAUGAACCAGCCUUUAUCACCGAGGUGUAACAGUUGUAGCUCAGUGAGUUAGUGAUGGGCCUGUGGCCAUCACUCAAGUGAUAUUCACCUGUGUUGGCCCCGACCAUAACGCUUCUGGGACCAAGCUCAUUUUAACGUGCCAAAGAGGACUAUGUUUGUUUUUUUUAUUGGAAUUCCAAUUGCACGUCUGCUAAGCUAUUAGUCAGUGAUGGUUAAAGAAUACAUAUGUGUACUUGGACACUUCCACCUGUAAAGGUGGUUCUUUCUAAAGAAGGCAGGGAUGGACACAGUCGAGGGGCCGCCAACCUCAACCUCAAAUUAGACCUUUUGUUUUUAUUCAAAUACUUUCUUUGACCACUUAAACUCAACUCAGUUAAGUUAUAUGUUCCGUUUUCAGCUGUUUACAUCCUGUACUUAUUGUAACAUCUUUUACCAAGAGAUCACCGCAGCAUAAUCAAUGUGACCUUUACAUCCGAGUUCAAGUCGUCCCUUUAAGUCGCUAAAUGCGAUAUACAGCUGUGGGUACUUGCUAGGUUGUACUCUGUAGAAUUAGGUACUCUGAAGAAGGGUGUGCAUGCUAUUUGUUUGGUUUUAAUCAUGCCUUACUGUUCAUAGGAUUAAGCUCUGAACAUGAAGCAUGGGCUACUUUUAAUGUUUUCUUUUAUGCCUUAAAUUUACUUGUAGGUUAAUACAUUUCUUUAUGUAUUUAGAAUCCCAUAAUUCCAGUUAAUGAAAUUCAAAUCACUUAUUUUUCUGAACUGCUGUCAAACAUGGUCCAAUAAAUAACUACUGAAUGAUUC